CUAGAAUAUUUCUUAACUAACGCAAGCGGGGUUCAACUAUCGGUCUUCAUUGGAUGCGAUGGCCCCCUAGACGUUCGUAUCCGAUAGCCUAUUCAUAGGCUAUACAAGCACGUGACGCAACCACCAACCGCAAGGUUUCUAUAAGUUGACCCACGGUGAAAGCAAUUCUGGGAAAGCUUCCACCUCAUCUCCUUCCCCAGCCAGCAUCAUGGAAGCUAUCCGUCUUCAUCCUGCUUCACCGACAUCCACACCCUAUUCACCAGCGAACCCGGCGCCAUCCACCGCCCUGCGGCUAGACCGGGAUGUCCCCAUUCCGGUGCCCUCUGCGCCCGGGGAGCUUCUCAUCCGCGUCAAAGCAACAACCGUCAUUCGGGACAUGCUCACUUGGCCGGAAUCCUACACACACGAAUAUGCCAUCUUGGGCAACGAUGUGGCCGGUAUUGUGGUGGAGGUGUUCUCAUCCACGAGCCAGUUCAAGCCCGGCGACGAGGUCUUCGGCAUGACCAAUGCUGCCCGGGCAGCUACCUGGGCUGAAUACACCAUCGUCAAGGAGGAGGAGGUAGCCCGGAAGCCCUCUACAUUAACAUUCGCCGAGGCGGCAGCAAUCCCCCUCAGCGCACAAACUGCCUACGAGGCCCUAUUUGAGCACGCACGUAUUCCCCGACCCACGGUGGCAGAGUUCACGACCCACUCCGCUACGAAGAAGGAGUACUCUGUGCUAAUUACUGGUGCCGCGGGGGCGGUGGGCGUGUAUCUCGUGCAGUUGGCCGCAGCGGCAGGGGUAAAAGUUGUCGCCGCUAGCAGCUCCAAUGCCCGCAACCGCGACUUUCUUCAAGACCUUGGGGCCGACGAGGUCGUGGAGUAUAGCACGCUGGACGAGCGUCGCGGGGAGUUCGAUGUCAUCGUCGAUGCCGUUGGCGGGAAAGUAUUGGAGAAGUGUUGGGAAUACGUCGCUGACACAGGAGUGCUGAUUUCAGUGGAUUCGGCAAGCUUCAACUUCGUCGAGGAGCAUGAGAAGCGUGGACUUCGCAAGGCCGGGGUACAUGCGCUGUUCUUCAUUGUCAGGGGCAGUCUGGAUGCAUUGCACUACCUUGCCGAAGCGGCAAGUCAUGGAGCCGUCCGGCCUCUCGUCGCAGACAUCUAUCCACUUGCUCGAGCCCGUGAAGCGUAUGAUAUGGCAAAUGGAAGGGCGUAUGGGCGUGGGAAGGUAAUUCUUGCCGUCUGA